UAUGUGUGACUGUGAUCUUGUGCUGUCUGAGAUGUUUCCUUGAUUUGGCAGGAAUCCUGAUCAAGAUAAGCUGCCGUGGUGUUACACGAUGACGGAGCGAGCCGUUUUCGUGGGAGUACUGCGCCAUCAAGCCCUGCUCCAAACCAGAUCCUGAGCUUCUCAUGACUCACAACAGCACGGGCCACAGAGGUCCCAUCAUCGCCGUGGCCCCGGGGCCCUCCCUCAGUUCUUCCAGGACCACGGCGUGUGGGAAGAGGCAGGAGAAGCGGAUCAGUCGGGGUCGAAUCCUGGGCGGGACGUCUGCAUUGCCCGGCGCUCACCCCUGGAUGGCAGCGCUGUACAUCGCAGACGAGUUUUGUGCAGGAGCGCUGGUCUCCUCCUGCUGGAUCGUGUCGGCCGCUCACUGCUUCCUGCGCAAUCCACUAAAGUCACAGAUUCGGGUCAUUCUCGGCCAGCACUCCUUUAACGACACCGGUCCCAACACCAGGACCUUUGCUGUUCAGGAUUAUAUUUUAAACCCGCGUUACACACAGUUUGAGCCGACCUUAAACGAUAUCGCUUUAGUGAAGCUGAAGAAGGUUGACGGACGCUGCGCUCUGAAGACGGCCUUCAUCAGGCCCAUCUGUCUGCCGGGGAAACACAUGACGUUCCCCGAUCACUCCUGCUGUAAGAUCUCAGGCUGGGGUCACAUGCACGAGAAGGCGAACUCGUACUCUCGCCUGAUGGAGGGAGUGGUGAAGAUCAUCCCGUUCGAUCAAUGCUCGUCUCCAGACGUCUACGGGUCAGAGGUCAGGUCGGGGAUGCUGUGUGCGGGAAGUGAGUCCUGUGUGGAUGCCUUUCAGGGCGACUCGGGCGGUCCGUUAGCGUGCGACUGCGACGGCGGGAGUUUCCUCUACGGAAUCAUCAGCUGGGGAGACGGAUGCGGACGCUCGGGAAAACCCGGCGUUUACACCCUCGUGCCCAAAUAUUCAGACUGGAUCAACAGCGUCAUCAAAAAAUCCAGAAAAACAUCCCAAAAAACAUCAGUGAAUAGAACAACCAUAAACAUUUGUAUCGGGCGUCAAUACCAAAAAUGAAACAACUGUGACUUUACUAUUAAUGUAUUCAUGAAGGCUUUCCAUUCCAGUGUUACUGCGUCAUACUGAUGCACGUG